AAGCGCGACUGAGUGACGUCGGCGCGGCCGGGAGCGCGCACAGCGGAGCGGCUGAUGCUGAUGCUCAGCUCAGAGGACACGGAGUGAUCCGAGCAUCACCGGGAACCGACUGAAUUAUCGUGCCAAAUCUCUUCUGGCUUCGGUAGGAUGCGUCAGGACGGAUCCAUGCAGAUGGCUGCGGCGCAGAAAGAGGGCUCUGACCAGAACUUCGAUUACAUGUUCAAACUGCUGAUCAUCGGCAACAGCAGUGUAGGAAAGACGUCGUUUCUCUUCCGGUACGCUGACGACUCCUUCACGUCAGCGUUCGUGAGCACGGUGGGCAUCGAUUUCAAAGUCAAAACCGUCUACAAGAACGACAAGAGAAUCAAACUGCAGAUAUGGGACACUGCGGGGCAGGAGAGAUACCGCACCAUCACCACGGCCUACUACCGCGGAGCCAUGGGCUUCAUCCUGAUGUACGACAUCACUAACGAGGAGUCGUUCGGAGCCGUGCAGGACUGGUCAACCCAGAUAAAGACGUACUCCUGGGACAACGCGCAGGUCAUCCUGGCAGGAAAUAAGUGUGACAUGGAGGAGGAGAGAGUCGUGUCUUCAGAUAGCGGCAGACUGCUGGCGGAGCAGCUGGGUUUCGAGUUUUUCGAAACGAGCGCCAAGGACAACGUCAACGUGAAGCAGACCUUCGAGCGCCUAGUGGAUAUAAUCUGCGACAAGAUGUCCGAGAGUUUAGAGACUGACCCCGCCGUGACCACAGGAACCCAGGGGACGGCCCGGUUAACAGACAACCCUCCUCCGCUGCAGCAGCCCAACUGUGCCUGUUAGUGCUCAGUUUACAUAGUAGCAUUAGUGUGUGUGUGUUUGCGCGCUGUGUGUGUGUGUGUGUGUGUAACACCUUUAGAUAGAUGCAUAUAUCCUUUAAUGUCAUAGAAUACAGGUGCUGGAACAACUUGAAUCUGAUCGGUGCAUGUCAGGAGUCACGUGACCCUUUAAACCCGACGGAAGCGAAGCUGGAUGCAGUCUUGAUCGACAGUGUUUUGAAAAAGCAGCGCGGAAAAAUUGCUCGACUAUGUUGCAUUCUUUGGUUUUUGGUGUAUUGGGCUGUGAGUGUGUUGCACCACUUCUCAAACAAGUCCUUCUCGAGGUGCUUUUUUAAAAACGGUAAGAAGCAGCGGCCGAAGACAUCCGUCUGAUGCAUGUGAAAACAGACCAAACGAACCCAGAACGCAAGAACGUGUUGUGUGCGAAUGCAACUUUUGCGUGUUUUGUUCCAGCACCUUUGCACUAGAGUCACGUCCGUCUUUACGGUGCCUAGUUCAUUCUGACGCUCUGUUUUCUUUACUGUCAGGCCUUUACGUUUAGUUCGUCCGCAUGCAUGCAGCGGCUGUUAAUGAACAGAUGACUUCGAGCACCACCGAACUGGUCUUUCUCUAAGUCCUACCUCCUUGGUUACUAGGAAAUAGUUUUUUUUGUGAACAAUUAAACUCGCUUUUCGCUGAGCUCCGCCCUCUUAGUUACAAAAAAAAGUCAUUUUGUAACCGAGAAAACUUAAUUAAAAUUAAAAUUAGUUUAGGAAAAAAAUUGUACGAUCGAACUAUCCUCUCCGUAAGCUCCGCCCCUUUAAUGCCGCAUAAACCGCAUUUGUUACGAAUUGCGCGUUCGUUUAAAAUAAACGGAAGAUUUUUUUUCGUGAACUCUUUGCGACGAAUCUAACUAACCCUGAGCUAAUUCUCCACCAAAGUCGGAGCUUUGAUGUCGUUACGGCUAAAAAUGUAGUUAAACGUUAGCUUCGGCUAAAACAGAUUUUUGCGAACGUUUUCGCUAAGCCCCGCCCCCUUAAUUUCGAAUAAACGUAAUUACGAGUUUACGUGAUACGUUUUUAUUUUUAAAAAUUUAAAAAUCGAAUAAAAACGUGGUUACGACUUAAAGUAAACUGCGUUUCCGCCCCUCAAAAUAAUAAUUAUAAAUUAUUUAGUUUUUAGGGUGGGGCUUAGUGAAGGAUCGGGUGCUCGAGGAAAGGAUCAUAAUGGCGGUCCUACAAAAAAAAUUGCAUUAAUACACGCAAACAGACUCUUUCCAGACAGUUUUGUAGAUCAGGAAUUCAUGCAUAGCUCCAGCGUGUAUAUGUGCGUGCUGUAGAUUAAUAAAGGCUCUGUCCUCGUCUAUAUGAAUACACAAUCUAUCUAGUGUAUAUAGGUUUGUAUAUACCUCAGUCAGAUGAAUAUAACAUUGUGGAUUUGAGUAGCUGUUUAAUACAGGGAGCAUUUAAUGUUUCUACGCGUUGUAAAUGAGUUCACGCUGACGAAGUGAAAUAUUUAUCUAUUUAUUGAAAAGCAAACAGACUUUACGGAGAGAAAGAGAAGAGCAGACGUGCUUCUGAUAACGCUCUUCUAGGUGAAGCGGCUUUUUCUGUUUCCCCCCCAAGCCCCUUUUCCCCUCCAUCUUCUCUCUUCCGUUCAUGUCGUUUUUCUCUGCUGGCUAAAGAGCUACUUCGCGGAGGCCGUCUCUGCUCUCGUCUCGUCUCAUGCUCGCGGGCCGGAGAGGAUUCGGUGACUUUAGAGGAAACGCAGUGAUAGCCAAGGAAAUGUGUGUCGGGCAGCUAUUUUCAGGAGAAGUGAGUCACCCAUCAAUAUUUCAUCCGACAAACCUUAAAUGACUCUGGCCAUGGGUGGAAGUUUUUUUCGUUUUUGAGUCAGAAAUAUACCAUUUCUAAGGAAGAGCAGUUCUAGGAAAAAUAUGACAAUAUUCAGAUUAUAUUUCACCUCAAAAUGAAACGUAGAAUAUAUAUAUGUGUAUAUAUAUAUAUAUAUAUAUAUAUCUAUGUGUAUAUGUAUAUAUAUAUAUAU